CCAGACGGAAGCUAGUUUGAAGAUUCCGCUUUCAUUUCGGUGAACUUUUUUUUUUAUUAACUUCUGCCGUUAAUAAUCUUUAAAAUGUUCCAGUACCAUUACACUCAUCUUCCAUUCCUCAAAGAAAUGUUCCUGGUUUCAUGGUAACCUAGCGAAAGCAAUGUAGAAACAAUUUCAGUAGGGCUUCACUAAAACAUAACAUGUCCUUAGCAGACAUGGCUACGAGGUUGUUACGAAGCUCCAUUAGCAACCCCGUGGUUUCAGUUUCGAUCCAACACACGUCACCUUCAGUAAGCAUUUACCAUAACUUUGAGUUGAUCAAUACCUUGUGAAUGGAACUUGGUCGGCAAACUGAGACGUCUGAACAGUGGGAAGUGUUUAAAAGAGGUUGGAGUAACCUCCCCUUAAACGUGUACCGGAAAUAUAUUACACCGUGUGUGUCGUGUGGAAAACACGUCAAAAUGGAGCCCACGGAAGAAAAGUCACCAAAGAAAGGUUCUAACGAAAUAAAUUAUGAAAAAUUACCUUCUGUGGAUUCUAGUAAUGUACAAAUUUUUGAAAUUCAACCAAACACAUCUGUACAACAUUUCAGGAAUAGAGUGUUUGGGAAGAAAAAAGAUCCAUAUGAAGGACGUGUUCCUGUUGAUAAAAAAGAGUUUAAAAAAUAUAAACGAGGAGAUUCUACAAAAGAUGUGAAAUAUUUCAAAACCAAAUAUCACAAGGAUUGCUAUAUAAAUAAAAUGCAGAAGACUCAAUUUGCUAUUGAACAGUCUGCUCGGAGUAAACUCUUAUUACAAGAUACAGUUGGAUCAAGUGAUAUACGACUAAUAGACCAAGACACUAUUGCAGCAUCAGUUGAUAUUACAAGUGCCACUAAGUACUUUGACUUAGAUUUGAACUUUGGGCCAUACAAAAUUGAUUAUUCAAGGAAUGGAAGAUGGCUUCACCAAGAAACUAUGUUUGCAGUUAGUCAGAAGCAAUGGACCUAUAUUUAUGACAAUCGUGGCAUUGAAAUACACUGUUUGAAAACUUUAGAUCAAACUUUACAAAUGGAAUACCUUCCUUACCACUUUCUGCUUGUGGCAGCAAAUUCAAGAGGAUUUUUGUCCUACCUGGACACCUCCAUUGGUAGUAAAGUUUCAGCUGUCAGAACUAAUAUGGGCCGUUUAAAUGUUAUGUGUCAGAAUCCAUCUAAUGCUAUUAUACACCUCGGACAUUCAAAUGGAACUGUAACACUGUGGUCACCUAAUGCAAAAGAUUAUUUAGUCAAAAUGUUGUGCCAUAAAUCUAAUGUACGGUCAAUAGCUGUGGACCAACAGGGUUUAUACCUAGCUACAUCUGGAGAUGACAGUCAUAUGAAAAUAUGGGAUCUUCGUACCUACCAAAUGUUACAGUCUUACAGAAUAGAUAGUGGUGCCAAUUGUUUGUCUUUCAGUCAACGUGAUAUGCUUGCAGCUGGCGUUGGCAAUGUCGUACAGAUAUUUGAUAACUGCUGUUCUCGAACAGUAAGCAGUCCAUACUUAUUUCAUAAAUUGUCUGGAAGAGUGCACAGUACAAAAUUCUGUCCUUAUGAAGAUGUACUUGGUGUUGGCUAUGAAAAAGGAUUUCAGAGUCUGCUUAUUCCUGGUUCUGGUGAGCCAUGUUUUGAUGCUCUUGAAGCAAAUCCAUAUCAAUCCAAAGAACAACGUCGAGAAACAGAAGUGAAAAUGUUGCUUGAUAAGAUUCAACCUGAUAUGAUAAGUCUGGAUAAUCGAAGGAUACUUCAACCAAAUUAUGAAAGGAUUUCUAGCAACAUGGAAGAAAAAAAUAAACAAACCUUUGGAGCUCCAGGAAAAUCUGUUGUCAAAUUAAAGCAAAACACGAAACAUAGCAAGAAAACUGAUAAAGUGAUUAGAAAGACGAAAGCCAUCAAAGAAGAAAGUAAAAGGAAAACACGCAAAGAGGAAAUGAUGGAGCAAAAGGAAAAAGAAUGGAGAAAGAAAUAUUUAAAAAAAUAAAAAUGUGGAAUUGUG